AGAAGCUUUCUCUUUUUCCAUGUUUAAUAUGUUUUCUAUCAUAUCUUCCAAAGUUGACUGUCCCCACCCUUUUCCUUGAUUGAAUUACACUCCACAAACAGAAUUUUGUUGACUCCUUUUCUUUUCAAAGUCCAACUGAGCAGCUCAAAUGUUGAAAAUCCUAGUGUAUAUCAAAAGGGCAUCCGUCUCUGUUUCGAUUUCUGUAAUUUGAUUUUAUUUUUUCCUUUUUUGUUGGACUUCGAUACAGUAAUGGCGGAGAGUGGCCACGUCAGCACAGCGGAUCAAUCUGCUCGUGAAGACGAACGAAAUAUUCAGGCUCAAUAUGACCCGAAAUAUGAGAGAGAGGAAGCUGCCUUAAUGCAGUCCAGACGACCAAACCUCUCAUCCCUGGAAAUACCUAAACGUUCUCUUGAGAGGGCAUUUUCCGAUUUUACAAGGAUAGAUGUUGUCCCGAGCCCGAAUUCCACUAGAGCUGGAUUGCCACCUAGACCAAAUUCGACAAAGUUGAAGUCGACCGUUAAGAAUAUUCUCCCGCAAAAGAGCUCAAGAGGUAAAAACUUACUGUCACAAGAAGCCGAAAGAACGGUGCUGAUAAUACCGGAAACGCCCCUUUCGGACAAGCCCUCAACUUCAAAGUCAUUUUCGUUGAAUAAAAUUUUAUUCUCGGCAUCCACAAAAUCGGCACAUUCUUUGCCCGUGACACCAAUGGCAAAUGCUGACCCUAAGUUUUCACAAGAAAAUCAUGUUGAUGAACAAUCUAAAAUAUCUCAAACUGAAGUUAAGCAAUUUAUGACACGUUCGUUUUCAGUUCCAGUUAACAUUAAAACACAAAGCUUGAGGCGGACAGAAUCAUCUGGAGGAUUAAUCCGGGUAAUAUCAUCAAACCAUCGAUCAACUGUGAUGGUGGAAAAUGCCUCCACGGAUAUAUCUCCUGAUACCGAAGCAGGAGAAGGUGGUGAGACUCUAAAGAUGGAGUGCAGCUGUAAAGGAGAGCUUGCACUUGCUCACAAAGAAUGUGCCGUCAAGUGGUUUAGCAUAAAAGGCAAUCGGACAUGUGAUGUAUGCAAGCAGGAUGUUCGUAAUCUUCCGGUAACAUUACUGAAAUUACAAAAUCCUCCUAAUGUGGUUCGAAGACCGUCUGCUGGAUCACAGCAGAGGGAAGUGACUCGUUACAGGCAAUAUGUACCACCAGAUGAGAAGGAAAUGGUCUGGCAGGACGUGCCUGUUCUAGUCAUGGUCAGCAUGCUUGCUUAUUUCUGCUUUCUGGAGCAACUUCUGGUGUCUGACAUGGGACCUCGAGCUCUUGCAAUCUCUUUGCCUUUUGCUUGUGUCUUAGGUCUUCUUUCAUCCAUGAUAGCUUCCACAAUGGUGAGCAAGAGCUACAUAUGGGCCUAUGCUUCUUUCCAGUUCGCAAUAGUGAUUUUGUUCGCUCACAUAUUUUAUGCAGUUCUGAAUGUGAAUGCAGUCCUAUCCGUGCUGCUUUCUUCUUUCACCGGUUUUGGAAUUGCAAUCAGCACUAAUUCACUUCUAGUCGAAUACCUUAGAUGGCGGACCACCCGUAAUCCACAAAUCAACACUGUCACUGGGCAACAUAAUAGGCACGAGCAAAGGAACCAUCACCGGGGCCCACAAAGUGGUCUUAAUAAUAAUCGGGCCCUGCAGCCUUUGGGGGCCCACAGUGUAUCACAAGGGCCCAACGGCGAAAAUGUGUAGACACGAUCUUUUUACACAAUUUGAAUGGCAUUUUCUGGUCAUGAGCGAUUUUGGGGUAUGUAUUUGGAGUUCGGUUUGGAUGGUAAGAAGUUUGAUGAUCAUCCGGUGGUUAUUCAGGGAUGAAUGGUAGUGGUGAUUUUUAGCCAUAACAAAUGCAGUUGUGGUAUUCAUGGUAAAAGCGCUCUCCACUUAUCUGUGGAUGUUCAGAAAGUGACAUUGUAUAAUCUGGCUAAAUGGUUAAUUAAUUAAAAUUUGUUGUGAUUA